AGCGAGGGCGUGAUCUGACGCCACUAUAUAAGAUUCUCUCUCUCUUUUCCUCUCCCUCUCCCUUUCUUUCUUCUCUUCCUCGCGGUUCCUGUUGACUUCACUUGACCACUUCACCAAGAGCAAGCUCUCUCCGCUUCACCCCUUUUUUUCUUUAACCAUUUUUAAAGCUUCGCUCUUCACUCUCGCUUUACAGCGAACUGCCUCCUUUUUCUCUCGAGUUCACGUUGUUACCCUCGCUCGAGUUUCGACCAUCAAGUUUGAGCUUAACCACACGUGGUUCGUCAUUACCUAGCACCGGGCUAGGUGAUAUCUCUCGCGACCUCGUGUCCAUAUCGACUCUCGAACGCGUGGACUCGCGGAUUACCGCCUGUCCCUGGUAGUACCCACGGUAGGUUCCCAUAUCUUUCACAUAUAAACAUGCACAUGGAGCCUCAGCUAACAUAUUAUGCCUAGUUUUCCCUUAGCUUUCUCAGCUCAAGCGUUUCGCCUAAAGUCGCUCGAGAGGACUUCGGGUCCCAUCGCGAUUUGGCAACUUCACUUCGUCGAACAAGCAGCAGUUGGCUCUUUUCGACGAAAUGGCGCCAAAAAGCCAAUCUAACGCGUCAAAAGGCAAGGGAAAGCGGCCGGCCGGAAACCAAGGACAGAAUCCGACCUCGACCACUCCCAACCAACCCCAAGGCUCGGGAGGCAACAGCAAGGGCAAGCAGCCUGCCACGCCGCAAAGCUCUCAGGGCGCCAGAAGAAGGAACGGCAAGAAAAAACCAGCCCCGGCUGGUAACCAAGUUCCUCUUCACCUGAGAGUGACCAAGCCCAGCCAAUCUCCUCACAACCCCGCUGGGCAGCCAACCCAAUCCUCCAGCGGGCCUUCGUCAUCACAGUCCCCCAAGCCAAGCAACACCGGAAAGGGACGACAGCAACAACAGCCAUCGGGUCCGACAACCCCUUUGGCGGGUCCACCGGCCUCAAAGCUUCCUUCGGGCGCGGUGGACCCGUCAAGCCGACAAUUUGAUUCCCGAUUGGCGGCGAUGAGAGAGGGAUCGGUUGCGAAAGGAACUCCAGCUCGGGAGAGCGGCCUAGGAAAAGCUGGAGUUCAGAGUGGAACCAAUGUGGCCAAUCCGACGAACGCAGCCGUCGUCCACCGGCAGAAGACAGCGCGUCGUCCAGAACGCCCUGCUGUGCGCACACCUGUGUGCCCAGCGCCGGGCGCGUGGGCGACGUAUAUGGGGCAGAUCUCUGCACACGAUGAGAUGUCCGAUCUCUACGUGCAGGGUGGCAAGGGCCUCGACUCCGCUGCACUCGAAAAGAUGCUGGCUGACAGCUCUCGCAGCGGAGAAGAGAAGCUCCAGAAACUCAAGGAAGUGGUCCUGGCUUUGGGCCGGAUUUGUGAGGGUCGGAACCAAACAAUCCGCGCUCUGAAGGAGGACUAUGCCCGCCUCUUUCCACGCAGAGAACUGUGGGAGGAGGAAAAAGAGAUAAUGCUGUCUUUGGCAAAUCAGCGUGAGAAUGAAAUCCUUCAGCAACUAGACAAGGCGGAGACGCGUUGCCGAUUCCUGCUUGAGGAAAACCUCGAGCUCAAGGCUCAACUUGAGUCCAAGGAGGAGCAGUCCGCCGAGUCUAACGCUGUCAAGGCUGCUGAUUGGGCGGCGAUCGCGGGAGGAGAGGUCGCGGAGGACAACACCGAGGUCGGUGAAAACGGCUUGGAGCAACAGGUCCCAACCAAGUCCGAGCUGGAAAUCGGUGACGAGGCGUUGACUCAGGCGAUUGAGGCGGCCAAGGAAAUCACCACCGCCGGAAAGCACGUCGAGUGUCUACGAGACGCUGCUGUCCAGCUUCCCAGCGAGGAUGACAAGAACCUUGGAGAUCUGGAAGCUGACCAAGCCGUGGAACGGAAUCUCCUCGUUUCGCUGGAGAGUGAGGGCGUGGUCGACGCGUCCACUAUCACAGAGGCUCCUGUGUCGGAGUUCGUCGAGGCUUCUACACAAACGGCUCCGGCCGCGAGUGUGGAGGUUGUAGACACUUCGAUGCAGACGGUCAAGGUUGAAGUCGCCGUCUUGGAGGCUUUGACUCAGACUGAAGCCGAUGUGCCUCCGGAAACGAGUGACAGCCUGGUGCAGACAGAGCCGGUGAUAAUCUCGGAGGGCAGAUGGGGGAGAGGCUUGCUCCUCGUCUUCCUGAUGCUGCUCUGGGCAUUCAUCACGCUCUGGGGCGGCAGCGGUGACCAGCAGAUAUGGCUCGAAGCCAACACCGUCGUUUCCGAAGUGGGAGGCAUGUCUGCUUGGCCGUUCUGGCUCCAGGAGUUGAGAUUCGAUCUCAGCGACUGGCUGCAGAUUGACCGGGUUAUGCUUGGGUAGGGUGCAGCAUGCUGUGCCCGAUGAUCCUGGGUGGGUUCCGGAUUAUAUACUAACUUGACAUCGUGUGCUCAGCCGGCCUCUUCCAUUCCGGUGUGUAAAUAGGGUGGAGGGGGUCUGAUUCUGGUUUAAUAUGGUUAUUCAUGUACGACCAGUCGUCCUGCCUUCAGGGCUGGGAUGAUGGUCAACCGGAAGUCAUGUAUCUUUCCUUGCAUGUAUUCGUGGCUGUUGGCCCUCCUUUGGGAUUGGUGCUGAGGCCCGAUACUGUUCAUGUAACUAACCUACCUCUUUUUCUUUUCCUUUUUUUUUUCUUUUUUGGGAGGAGGUUGGCUGGGCACACGAUUGACCUGGUUAUUGCGUCGGUUGUUGGUGUCCCGAGAGGGACGUUUUUUGAAAGAUGUUCAGUGACCUCGAGUCACUUCACGACUGUAGUCUCCGUCGACUCCCUGUUGUGUUUUGUUUGAC